UAGAAAACGGAAAGUCUAUUGGAGGUGAUAAACAGUUUGGUACCUUAAUUUCAUAUUUUUGCGUAGUAAAUGCAUAAACUGGACAGGAAGGAAGAAAUCCCAAAUCCCAUGGACAACCGGAUACGUUAAAUCCAUAAUAUUUACCUAAGAAGUUGCUGAAGUUUAAGUUGUUUUGUGUUGGUGGCCAGUCCUGGCAGUGAUAUUCGCAGGGAUUGGGGAAAAAUCAGGAGUCGUUUUCAUUGAGGAUUUAUGUAUUACUUAAGUUGCAUGGAUAACAGAAGGAAGUUGCAUAAAUAAAUAAACUAUAAAAGGUGUAUGUGCAGAUAGAUAGGUUGACUCCAUAUAUAAAACGCGUGGAUACGUGUUGUACCAAAUCAGUCGACUUUUGAACAUUGAAUACAAAUUGAAGAAACUCAAAAUCAUGAACAGUUUUGUGACUUUGGCCAUUUUGGUGGCUUUUGGAGUUCUGGGGGUGUGUCAAGCAGUUUCGGUUCAAGAAGAUGUGACCCUUACUCGCAAACAGAAAGCGGUCUUGGACCAGUUCAAAGAAUCAGUUAAGGGACGACUUCCCCAGGAAUACAUGUACGAAGACAUUUAUCUCAUUAGAUGGUUGAGGGCGAAGGAUUUUCGACUUAAAGAUGCUGAGAACAUGAUUAUGCAGAACGUCGCAUGGCGAAAGGAAAACCAAAUGGACAACGUCUUAAAGGAAGAUUGGUCCGACUUUCGCAAAGAGUACAAAUACUGGAUCGACGGCGUCGACAAGGAGGGACGCCCAAUUCUGAUUAUUGACGUUGGAGAGUGGGACCUUCGCAAGGCUUCUGUGACUGGACAGGCUAAAAGGUUGGGUCGUUAUAUUGACUCCAUUUACGAAGAAAUUAACGAAAAAGUGAGGACGAUGAGAUUAGUCGAAGGAAAGAAUGUGACACAGUAUUUCCAUAUUUUCGACAUGGAUGGGUUCAACCUCGCACAACAGGGGUGUGGCACGUGCAUUCCUUUGGCUACUCGAGUCGUAACAACGUAUGAAACUCAUUAUCCAGGAAAUCAACACAAGACUGUCCUGGUGAACACUCCCGGGCCGUUCCAAACGCUUUUGCAGAUUCUCAGACCCCUCAUGUCCCAGAACACUCGGGACACCCAGUUCAUUUACGGAAAGAAGGAGGAAGGGGCGGAAGCCCUGUUGAAGGACAUUAACGCAGAUCAGUUGGCCGUCGAAUUUGGUGGAACCAGAGUGCUGCCGAACUACUCGUAAAUAAGAGGCGACUACGAAAAAGUUAUUUAUUAUUUAUUAAGCUAUUUAUGUAACUACUCAGUCAGUAAUUCAGCUAGUUUUGAGAGAACAAAUAAAACAACCUCCUCAUUAGAAAGUGUGCA